GUGGAGAUGUACUGUAGCAAUCAGGACCGGCAGGAGUUGGAGGAUGAGCUCUACCGUGGAGAUGGAUAUGAAUCUGAGGGUUCAGAGGCCAUCAGUGAGCUUGAGUUCCACCUCUACAGUCAGCUCCACUACUCUUCCAAUGCUGGGGAUUUCGAGCAGCAAGAUGAAGAGGACCAGCCUACCCAGGAGAUUAAUGAGCCUGAAAAGACUGCAGAGAAGAUCAACAAUGUAGAACUUAAAGAGUCUCCCAAAAACGGUCCACAGUUGUUGAACACUAUCAAGCCGCAGCAACAACACAAGAGUGAGAAGUGUGUCAACAAAAAGAAGGGAAAGGAGCUACCUAAAGUUCAUGAAAAAUUGUCACCGUUUGAGGAGGUCAUUGUCAUUGAAUCCAGUUCCGAAGUUAUAAGUGUGUCCUCCACCUCUUCUGAGGAGGAGGAUGAUGAUGACGACAAAGGAGUUUGUGCAUUGAAGGGAGGCAUUGGACGCAGAGUACGGACGUCUACCCUGGCCCACACGGCACCUCCUAAAAAGGACAAUAAUUUUGCACCAGUGAUUUUGGAUUCAAGCAGCUCAGGAUCUGAUUCAGAGUCGGAAUCAAAAUCUGACUCUGAAUCAUCCCUUUCGUCCAACUCCUCUGAUUCGGAUGUUUUGGAGAACUGGAUGAUCUUGGGGCAAGGCCAGCAGGAUGGAGAUCAUUCCAUUUCACUAAAUCUGGAAGGUAGUGCUGACAUCAAUGUUGAAGAGGAUAAGGAUGGGAGCUGGGUGAUUUUAGAUAAGGACAGGGAGGCUCAAAUCUUCAACAAAGAAAGGCGAGCCAGAAUUGCCAUAUCACGUUUUACCAACCGAUAUUACACUGACAAGAAUGUCCAUUGCCGAAACUGCGAUAAGAUGGGACAUCUUUCCAAAAACUGCCAUGAGCCCAAAAAAUUGCCUGUUUGCUUCCUUUGUGGCCAUUCCAGUCACAUGGCCAGUGAGUGUCCCUAUAAGCACUGCAACAACUGCGGCCUUCCAGGUCACUUGUAUAAUUCCUGCACCGAGAGAGCUUACUAUCACAAACAGUGCCAUCGCUGUGGCAUGACGGGCCACUUCUUUGACGCCUGUCCAGAGAUCUGGAGACAAUACCACAUAUCAACCAAGAUGGGUCCUCCUUUGAUACGGCAAAAGCAAGACAAUGGUCGAAGGCCUGCCUACUGUUACAACUGUUCCCAAGAGGGACACUUUGGCCAUGGGUGCAAUCAGAAGAGAAUGUUCCGAGGGUCAUUCGCUUCUACGCCUUUCAUCAACUAUUAUGACACCAACAACGACAUCAAACGCAGGCAACAAAGGCUCAAGUUCAAGGUUAAAGAACUUAUGAAAAACGGCCUUCUAUCCAACAAUUCUCAAUCUCCAUUUACUCCAGGACCUCCGCACAAGAAACAAAAAACGAGUCAUGCCAACAACGAACACCUCUUCAACAAUCAUUUUGAUAGGACUCCCAGAAGUCACAAAGCCACUGGAAGCCAUAUAUUUUUUCAUCACACAAAUGAGGUUGCAAAAAGUACAUUUAAAAAGCACAAACAGGAGAGCAAAGGCAAACAGUGGAAGCCCAAGAGACCAGUGCCCAAAGAAAAGCCUGCUCCACCCAAACUCAUUGUGGAUGAAAUGCUAGAUUUUCCCAGAGGUGGAGCAAUAGGAGAAAAAACAGAGAAGAAGAAGAAAAAGAGUAAGAAAAACAACAAAAGUUCCGCAGUGGGGCUCAAUGGUGGUGGUCUUUUGAGGACAGCAGCUGGGAAGUCAAAGAAAGAUAAUCGUGCAAAGAAAAGUCAUCUACAUAAAAAAAAGGCCGCACAGAUGUAUCCAACAGAUGAGAAUCUGUUUUGCAUAAAGCAAAGGAAACGCAAGCGGUAG